AUGAGGACGAUGUAUGACGCCUUUGAGGACUUCAAAGGGAGACGACUGGCUGUUCUUCGCGCGUUGACGACUGACUUUGACAAGUUCUACCAGCUUUGCGACCCAAACCACGACAAUCUGUGUUUGUAUGGCUACCCAAAUGGCAAAUGGAAAGUGUGUCCUCCAUCGGAAGAAGUGCCAACAGAGCUGCCGGAGCCGACCCUUGGAAUAAACUAUGCGAGGGAUGGAAUGCAGAGAGAAGAUUGGCUGUCUCUGGUGUCCAUAUACUCUGACGCAUGGCUGAUGUCGCUUGCCUUUUUCACUGGAUCUCGCCUUGAGAAGCCGCAGAG